UUGAAUCAGUGGGUUUUUUCAACAGCUGAAAGUGUUUGAAAUUUCAUCAGCCAGCCUGUCUAUACGCAUAAUAGAAACAAAAGCCCUACGUACGCAGGGAAAACGUAUUAAAGAUUUACUUAGUCACUUAGGUAUUAUGACGCACAGAUAAUCAUUGUCUGUCGAUUAGUGCACAAAAGAAAAUUUAUUGUUCACAGGUGAAAGGCAUCUCUCAGUAAUUAAUCCCAAGGGCAAACGAACCACUUUUCUCCUUCGCUUAGUUGUCAAUCGGCGAGAGGCAUUUGCACAUAAAAAUUUGCGAGCAUCAGACAAAAGAUUGCUCCAUGGUUUAUAAUUUAAUGGUCGUUUAGCGAUUAACACGUCAAAGAGGCGUAUUUAAGCAGAGGUACCCUCGUCUUUAAGUUUAGAACCGGACUAUUUAACAAGUAAUGGAGAGCAUGAAAGUUGCAACCCGCGGAAAAGCAGAUCUACGCGAGCUAAAUCUUGGGUAUGGGAGCAAUAACGUGCGAUGGCUAAACGAAAGAGAAGACAGAAUCCUGCAAAUAUCGCUGAAUUCACUGGAAAAAGCGAGACAGAAAACACUUGACCGCCUUCAAAGUGAAGUCAAGGGAUUGCACUCUACCUUACGAGAGCAGGUCACCAUCCGAUCACAGCCGAUCAUGCUUUUAACAGACACUGACGACAGCGAGACGUACACGAAAAUAUCAUCAACAGUAACUUUUGAUGAAAACUGCGGGAUUUUAGGAACUAAACCCGAUAAUCAGGCAAAAAGCUUGGAAGACCUGGAUGAUUUAGAAGACUCAACUCUAGAGCAUAUUACUUUAGAAGAUUCCGGUUUCUAUGACAGGCAAAAGGAAGAGAAAGGCUCAGUGAAAACUAACAAUGAAACUGAGAAUGCUUGGACAAGAAAACUCUCUUCAAGCACUUCUAGCAAGACUGCCACAAAACGACAACUCUCGAAACAGCUCUCGAACUCAUCCGACCACUGUUCAUCUCCGGCGGCGACUUUGUUGGUUCAUCGUCGUAAAAUUUCCGUCACCGAUCCGCUGUUCACGAAGGAGGUUAGACAGGGAGGCUUGCGAAAGACGCUCAGUCAAAGUUCCCUGCAAGUUUGCUCUGACAACUUAAACCGCGCAAAGGCAAGAUCAACAGAAAUGAUAAACCUCGCAACGACAUAUCCCAAUGGCCAUGCUCUUAAUGAACCUUUUAUGCCAUCUCUGAGAAAAACGCCGAACGAAGCCGUCAAUCGUGUGGCUAGUCCAAUAUUCGUACGUAGAAAAAGAUCCCAUUAUCAUCCGUCGUCUUUAUCAUCGCCUCUAAGACCAACCAGAAAAGUCUCCUGCCCCACAAAGCUGCAGCAAUUUGCCAGAUCAGUUCACCAAGAAGAAGUCAUACCUCUCCAACUAUCACGUGAAAAGAAUGGAAGAACGUCAGGCCUAAGUGUUUCCAUGACAACUGAUCUCCCUAAGUUGUCAAUUUCACAUGAGGUUGAUCAAGUGACUCAAAUUGGCGAUGACAAAUGUCCGAGGGGCAGUGUAAGUCCUUUGGGGAUUCAUGUUGUUGACGGCAUGGACUGUACUCUUCAGGAAAAGAUAAACAAUUUUCUCAGAAGCUUGGAAAGAAGCGACGACACUCAAGAACCAAAAGAAAAGGCUUUUACAUAGAGCUGGCCUCUAUCCGCGCUUGUUAAUAAUUUUUUUAAUCUACAUUAUUAAUCGAUAGAUAUUGAAAGUAAUGUAAAAUUCUUGAGCGAGGUUGGAAUUUACGAUUUCAUCCUGUAAGGUUAGAACUCAGCAAAAUAUAUUGCAAACAUUCUAAAAAUCGAAACAAAUGUAAGCCACUUUGGUAAAGCAGUGAAAAUAGAAUAACCUGCGUCAACAAGUUAAAUGAAAAAAAGCGCUAUCCCUUGGAUAAAGUUUGACGAAAUUUAAUCACACCUCAAAUUGGACCGAUGUCGGCGAAUGAGGUUAAAUUUGGAUAAUUUAAGUGUAAAGAAACAAAAUUGUAUGUGAGUAACGGUUGAAAACUAAGUUAAAUAUUGCAGAAUAAAUACUUUGUAACAUGUGUAA